UUCUCAUGUUAUUUUACUUCAAAAUUUUACUCUCUUCAAAAGUUGCCGAUUGAUUUUGAACGAAGCUUAUUUGUCAAGUUGUCGUGGUUUUUGGCGCCAAUCUGCAGUUGACGUACCAUGAAAAUUUUUAAUGUUUAUUGUUCUUAUUCCUAUCUUUUUAUUUAAAUAACUGCUAUCUCUGUGAUUUGAUUUUCAAAAAACUAUUUAAAAUGGACGAGAAUGAUGAACUGGCUCAACUUGAAGAAUUAUUAUGUGCAGACUUAGAUGAAAAUGAAGAGAGAGAGGAAAAAAAAACAGCUGUGAGAGAAGUAAACAUAUUUCAAAAUGAGAGUAAUGUACCCCAAAAUGAAAUAAUUUUAGUGAAAAAACCUGACGAGGCCUCUGCAGUGCACAAUGGAGAUACUGACUCGUCCGACGACGAAGAAAAAAGAAAUUACACGGAAAGAAAAUACAAUGAAUACGGUUCAGAAAUAAAGAAACUAUUGGACAACGAAGAACAUGAAAAGAGGGAUAAUAGGCUAGAUUUCGAAACCAGGUUACGACAGACAAAUAUAGAUACUAAAGUUUCUCGUAAAACUUCUUUUAUUAAAAAACCUGACUCAGUACAAAGUAGUAAAAAUACAUUUUGUGCCCCAGAAGUUAAGAACAAGGGUCCUUCAGAUGUCUACACUGAUCCUACAUUUGGUAUAAGAAUAACUAAGCCGUUAAUAUCAAGCGCCGCUCUAUUAGAACGCAUGCAAGGUAGAGAAGCAAUAAGCAUGUUGCGAGUGAAACGCCAUGUUGAAAAUGAAGACUUAUCAAAAGACUGGGUGAUAGCUGGUGUUAUAGUUAGAAAAAGUGCAGUUAAAAAGUCACAAAAAGGAAACCAAUUUGUAAUAUGGACUCUCAGUGAUUUAAGAGAUGAUUUGAAAACUGUAUCAAUAUUUUUGUUCCGUAAAGCUUACAAUGAUCUUUGGAAGACGACAGAAGGAACAGUAGUGGCAGUUCUGAAUCCUAAUGUUUUGGAUAAAUCACAAAAUAGUACAGACCAAGCUUGUCUUAGUGUUGACAACACUGAUAGAGUUAUGAUAUUAGGCCAGUCUAAAGACCUAGGUAUAUGUAAAAGUAAGAAAAAGAAUGGUGAACCUUGUACAGCAUUUGUAAAUUUAAGUCAGUGUGAACAUUGCAUAUACCAUGUUAAACAGGAGUAUCAGAAAUAUUCUCAAAGACAAGAGCUUCAGUCCUCAACCAUGGGCAAGGGUCUUGUGAGCUUACAGAAGAAAGUUUUAGGCAAAAAUACUGUUAUUUAUGGAGGCAAGGCGUAUUCAGCAUUACCUUAUGGGAAUAGUAAGAAAAUUAAGGAUAGGGAUCAAAACAGACUCAUGUCUCUGAGUGAAUACAAUAAAUUAGAAGGGGAUAAAUUAAUGUCCAAUAAAGCACCAUAUGGUGCUGGUCCGUUGAAGAAUAAUACAGCAGCAUUACACAGUCCCACAACACAAAGGACUAGUGAUAAUGAGAGGUUGAGCAAGCUCAACAAUUCUAGCCCUGUUAACAACAAAUCACAGCUAAGUUUAGCUGAGAGAGUUGCAAGUUCUCCAAAAUUAGGAAAAGGAUUUGCUCUAACUGGAAGUGGGACAAUAGACCUUAACAUAUCUUAUGGACAAAGAGCAGCAGACAAAGCUAAAGCAAAUGCUCUAAGAUUGAUCCAAAAAAGUGGAGGCAUAGCUAAAAUAGAUCCUAACAACAUAAAAGGAACUGAAGCAGGAAAGAAACGGGCUUUGGAGAAACUUAACAAGUCUGACGGUAAUGAGAAUGAUGCUAAAAGGUCAAAGCCAAAUGAGGUAGAAAGCAAGAAUGGAAAAAUAUUGUCUGACCGGUUUAAGAAGAUUCUGGAAGCCACUUCAGCACAUCAGAAUUUGAUUCAACAGCAUGAAGAGGAUGAACAGGACAAAUAUUUUAAUAAACUUGAAAAGAAAGAGGCUAUGGAAGAAAAGAUGUUGAACACUUUCAAACUGGCAUGUAAAGCAGUUAGAUGUGCUAAGUGCAAAUACACUGCAUUCUCUGCUUCUCAACUAUGCAAAGAUGAGAGGCAUCCUCUUAAAGUUUUAGACACUUUUAAGAGAUUCUUCAAAUGUUUAGAUUGUAGUAACAGGACUGUUUCUUUAGACAUAUUCCCUACUCAUACAUGCAGUAACUGCCGCGGGUCACGGUGGGAAAAGGCACCCAUGCUUAGAGAAAAGAAGGUGACCUCACUGUCAGAAGGCUUAUCCAUAAGAGGUGAAGAAGAAACAUUUAUUGGUGGUCAAGUGUCUUCAGGAAAAAAUAUUAAUUUAUUGGUGCCCGACAGCUAACCUAUCAUGACUGAUUAGUUAUUUGUAUGUGUUGUGAUUGUAUUUAUUUGUGUAUGUAAAAUAAAAAUCAUUAUAAAAAUAAAGCAUAA